AUGAGCAAGAGAAAAACUUUAACAGUAAAGCAAAAAAUCGAGCUAUUGGAAAAAGCUAAGAAAGGCCAAAAAAGAAAAUUUCUGGCAGCUGAAUAUGGAUACUUCGAUCCAAAUACAGGCUGGCUAAGCCGAUGGAAAAAGCGGAACAAUAUAAUAUUCAAAAAAGCACACGGUGAAAAAAGUGCUGCAGACGUAGAUUCUGCAAAUUAUUAUCAGUCGACGAGUAUUGCUCAAAUUUUAAAUCAGUAUGAAACUAAAAACAUUUUUAACGCAGACGAAACAGCUUUGUUUUACAAAGCCAUUCCUUCUGGAAGUAUGUCCUUUAAAAAGGAUUGUAUUUAUGGAGCUAAUACAACCAGUUUAAUUCAGCCACUUGAUGCUGGAAUUAUUAGAUCUUUUAAAGCAUAUUACAGGCAGGAUAUAUUGAGAAAGCAGCUAGCAGCUGCAUGGUGGUUGGUAAAACCAGCUGCCAUAGCGAAUUGUUUUAAAAAAUGUGGUUUCCAACCAGAUAUAAUAGAACAAGAGGUAGAGCAAAAUAUUGUUAUCAAUGUUCCUGCUGAUGUAACCGAAACCGAUUUUGAAUUUUUUAUUGAUUUCGAUAAAAAUGAGCAAUGUUUUGGAGAAAUGAAUGAUGAUGAAAUUUUAAAUGAAAUUACUCUAACGGAGCAAAAUGAUAACUCAAAAGAGGAAGUAGAAAAAGAAAAACCAGUUCGUAAUGUGACUAAAAAGGAAGCCCUUGUCGCUUUGGAUACAAUACAACUCUAUUUCGAGCAGCACGGUGAAAGUACAAAUUUAAUUGAUGAUGUAGAAAACAAACUUUUAGAUCUUUUAAUUGAAACAAAGCAAACCAAAAUAAUGGACAUUUUCAAUUGA